AUGCCGCGCCGUCGUCCGACCACCAGCCUUGGCCGGCAGAAGAUCGAGAUCCGCCGGAUCGACAGCGAUGAGGCCCGCCAGGUCUGCUUCUCGAAGCGGCGCGCGGGCCUCUUCAAGAAGGCGAGCGAGCUGUCGAUCCUGUGCGGCGCCCAGGUGGCCGCCAUCGUCUUCUCCCCAGCCGGCAAGGCCUUCUCCUUCGGCACCCCCUCCGUCGACGCCGUCCUCGACCGCUUCCUCGGCGGCGCCGCCCGCCCCGGCGGCACCGGCGGCGGCCGGGCCGCCGGCAGCGAGUCGCCGGUGCUGGCGGAGCUGAUCCGGCAGCACGCGGAGCUCCGCGCGCAGGUGGAGGUGGAGAAGGCGCGCGCAGAGGCCCUGCGCAAGGAGCAGAAGGCGACCGGGGCCGCGCCCGGCGCCCCCAAAUGGCUGGACUGCGAGUUGAGCGAGAUGAGCGAGCCGGAGUUGGUCGCCUUCGCGGCCGCGCUCGUCGAGGUGCAGGCUGCUGUCCAGGGCUGCGCCGAUCAGAUGCUCCGCGAGGCCCUGCUCGCUAAUGCCAACGCCAGGGCUGCUGCUACUCUUGCUCCUGCUGCUGCCAUUACUAGUGCUGCUGCCCGCAUGAUGAUGGUGCCGCAGCCCGGCGGCUUCGGCUUCGCCAUGGAGAUGCAGGCCCAGCAGAAUCAGCAGGCCAUGGAGAUGAUGAUCAAGGGGUUCAGCCCGCAGCAAGGCGCCGGGUUCCUCGGGCCUCCGCCGCCCUACUGA